AAAAACACCUUUUCAGGUAUAGAGUUCAUCAAUUUUCCUAACCCUUAUAUACUUUUGUUCACGUACAAACCAAAGCUGGUGAGCAAUUUUCUACCGAAUAUCCUAGUCUUCGUUUUGUAUAUACACCACACAAAAAAAAAAAAGCUUUGACCUCUCACAUAUGUUGAAUGUAUAUAUGCACUGUAGAAAUCACUACACACUAUUAAAAAAACCUUAUUUUGUUCAUAGCAGUAAAAACUCCAUCACCCUAUUCCAAAAUACAACCACAAAACCAUACCCAUUCAGAGACAAAUCUCACGCUACAUCAUUACCGUAACAUAAAUUGUAGCAAAUAAGUUUCCAACCUUGCAUCACGAACCAUCCAGAAACUAAAACUUCAAAAGCGUUGGGUUCAAUGAGAAUAAAAAGUAGUGAGAAACUCUACGCAUACGCAACCGGACGAUGCCCUUGUGCUGACCCGAUGCACUUCCUGCCGAUCACAACUUCAUUCACCGGCUGCUACUGCAUCAUAUCCGCCGCUCUACGUUCAUCACAGCCACUCUCCGAUACGCCGCAAAGCCAUCACGCCGAUAUGAACAACACCGCCGUAAGAACAUCCAACACUCAUCCACAAGUUCAUCGACCUCUCACAACUGAUCCAUAUCGUAAACAGAGCAACGCGACGUACGAUACUCCAACAACUUAAAACCGCAAAAAGCAAUCGAACCUUCGACGAUCCACUCCACAAUUCAAAUCGUUUCCAGAACAGUGGAAGAAAUCAAGGAGAGGAGGCGAUCAAGUAUCUCAAAGUGCUGUUGGAAUUCGCCGAUUCGAUCUGAAGCCCUCGCAUUCUGUAAGAUGACAAAUGCAGCAAUUAAAAGAAACAAUUUUUACAGGCUAUUUUCCAUUUUCAUCAUCUGGGUCCAUUUCAUAAUGAUCCCAGUUUCAUGUGAAGAACAUUGGGAUGGAGUUGUUGUAACACAGUCAAACUUCCUAGCACUUCAAGCCUUCAAGCAAGAGCUAAUUGAUCCAGAAGGGUUCUUGAAAACAUGGAAUGAUAGCGGCUUUGGAGCAUGUUCAGGAGCUUGGGUUGGAAUCAAGUGUGCUCAAGGACAAGUCAUUGUGAUCCAGCUUCCAUGGAAAGGGCUAAAGGGACAAAUCACUGAAAGAAUAGGUCAACUUCAAGGUCUUAGAAAGCUUAGUCUUCAUAACAACCACAUCACUGGCUCAAUCCCUUCAUCAUUAGGACUUCUUAACAACCUAAGAGGAGUUCAGCUUUUCAACAACAGGUUAACAGGUUCAAUCCCUUCUUCAUUAGGUUCUUGUCCUUUGCUUCAAUCUUUGGAUUUCAGUAACAAUUUGCUCACAGGUGAAAUCCCUGAGAGUUUUGGAAAUUCCUCUAAGCUUUAUUGGCUUAACUUGAGCUUCAAUUCUUUGUCUGGUUCAAUACCAAGCAGUCUCACUAGUUUGAAUUCUCUCACUUUUUUGUCCCUUCAACAUAACAAUCUCUCAGGUUCUAUUCCUAGUUUGAAAAUUGGAUUAUCUAGGCUUCAAAAUCUUGUCUUGGAUCAUAACUUCUUGACUGGAACCAUUCCUGGUUCUUUAGGUGAUUUAAGGGAGCUUAGAGAGAUUUCUCUUAGUCAUAACCGUUUUAGUGGUCACAUUCCUCAAAGUAUUGGAAAGAUUUCAAAUCUUAAGCAGCUUGAUUUGUCACUGAAUAAUCUCAGUGGAGAAAUUCCUGUCUCAUUUGAUAAUCUACUUAUUCUUAAUUCCUUCAAUGUUUCUUAUAAUAAUCUUUCUGGUCAUGUUCCAUCUUUGCUAGCACAGAAAUUUAACUCAAGUUCAUUUGUGGGAAAUGUUCAACUAUGUGGUUAUAGUCCUUCAACUCAAUGUUCCUCUCCAGCUCCUUCAGAAGGACUAGGUGCACCUUCUGAAGUACCGAAACACGGCCGUCAUAAGAAACUCGGUACCAAAGACAUUAUCCUCAUUGUAGCAGGAGUGUUGCUUGUAGUCCUGAUAACAGUAUGCUGUAUCCUGCUUUUCUGUCUGUUCCGGAAAAGAAAAACAUCGAAUGGUGCCGAGGAGGGACACAUUACUGCGAGAUCAGCCGCGGCUGCUGCCAGGGCAGGAAAAGGAGUCCCUCCUGUCGCCGGAGAAGUUGAAGCGGGCGGUGAUGCAGGAGGCAAACUAGUACAUUUUGAUGGUCCGCUCGCUUUUACGGCCGACGAUCUCUUGUGUGCAACUGCUGAGAUAAUGGGAAAGAGCACCUAUGGAACAGUGUAUAAGGCAACAUUAGAAGAUGGUAGUCAAGCUGCAGUGAAAAGGUUGAGGGAGAAAAUCACUAAGAAUCAGAGAGAAUUUGAAUCUGAAGUUAGUAUUCUAGGGAGAAUUCGACACGAAAAUCUUUUGGCAAUGAGAGCCUAUUACUUAGGACCUAAAGGAGAAAAGCUUCUGGUUUUUGAUUACAUGCCUAAAGGAAGUCUUGCUUCUAUCCUACAUGCUCAUGGACCUGAAACAAGAAUUGAUUGGGCAACAAGGAUGAACAUAGCACAAGGCAUGGCGCGCGGCAUGUUAUACCUACAUUCGCACGAAAACAUCAUACAUGGGAACCUAACAUCAAGCAAUGUGUUACUUGAUGAGCACACAAAUGCCAAAAUAGCAGACUUUGGUCUAUCAAGGUUGAUGACCACAGCUGCUAACUCUAAUGUGAUUGCCACGGCCGGUGCAUUAGGAUACCGAGCGCCCGAGCUCUCGAAGCUAAAGAAAGCGAACACGAAAACUGAUGUAUACAGUCUUGGUGUAAUCUUGUUAGAACUACUAACAAGAAAGCCACCUGGUGAGGCAAUGAAUGGUGUUGAUUUACCUCAAUGGGUUGCCUCUAUUGUUAAAGAGGAGUGGACUAAUGAGGUUUUUGAUGUUGAUUUGAUGAGAGAUUCUUCAACAAAUGGUGAUGAGUUGUUGAACACUUUGAAACUUGCUUUGCAUUGUGUUGAUCCUUCUCCAUCAGCACGACCGGAAGUUCAGAUGAUACUUCAACAGCUAGAAGAGAUUAGACCACAGAUGUUAUCAUCAGCAGCCAUUUCUAGUGAUGAAGGGGCCAUUCCUACAAGUGAAUGAAUUGCAUCAUCAACUUUUGCAUUGUUAGGAUAGUGUUUCUGUUAUUCUUUCAUUCUUAUUUUUUGAUUACAUUUUUUGCAUGUUUGAGUGUGUAUUAUGUACAUACUAAUGUAUUUUAAUUAAGUGAGUGUUUCCUCUUUAACACUUGAUCAUUUCAUAAUGAAAAUUAGUUUGUUCAA